CGGAAUUAUUUUGCAUUCAGUUCGUAUUCAUUACACUGAGAAGUUCGUGAUUACUAGCACUUUGACCUGAAAAGACAUUUUCAAGCCACAAUCCACGUUUGAGUGAUGGCAACGAAGACCACCACUGCCAUGGACCAAACAAACAGUCCACACGAAGAGGAGCCUCCUCUGGAUAGAGUGGACACGAUUCACCAAGUCGUGAAUUAUUAUUUUGGGAUUCUUGAACCCAAACAGUGGGCCUUUUUGCUCACAGGAAAUCCUGACGACAGGACCAGGUUCAUGCUGGGACAACUGCUAAUGGACAUGAUGGACUUAAUGCUCAUCACCCGACCAACGCUGGCAAAGGAGGAGAUGAGAAGAGUUCAGCCUUGGGAGCGCCUGUCGUGCAGUUUGGGGGAGGCACUACCCCAAACUCUUCCUCACGUUCUGGUUGUUCCAGAUAAAGUAUUUCGUGAGAUCCUGGACUCUUUGAGGAGCAUCCUAUUCGAAGUGGCGGCAGUAGGGUGUGUCAAGUGCAUGCUCUACGCCAGCAGUCCACCGAAGCUAUAUGGACCAUACCGCACCACAGUCCUAACAAUGGUUAUGGAAAUGGUCAAUCGCACCAUUAAAAUGCUGUGCUCAGAGAAGGAGAGGCUGACGAGCAAACACCAGCGUCUCCGUAUGAAACUGGUCACUACUACACCGAGACCCCCUGAAAAAGACCGAGAAGAUGUGGGGUCAAGAAGAGCUGGAGUCAACAACAAUGACGACCCAGAGAGUUUGGUAGAGAGACCUAAUCCAGACCUGAGCCAGACGCCCGACGUGACACACGUCACAGCUGUGGACGUCGUUGUGCCUCCGGACACAGCUUCCGUGUCCGCCUCUGCAUUAGAGGACAAAUCUGGACAUGAGGACAUGAGAGCAAACGAGAAAACAUUUGUGAGCAGUGUGACAGAGAAACUCGUUUCGCGGGCCCUUAAAAGGUCCAACAUGACCCCAGCUGCAGAUUCCCUGCAUGCCAUCCACCAGCGGCUGUUCACCAGAAUCUGGGAUGAGGUCGAAAGCAAAGGGCCACCGUACGAAGGUCUUCACAUCAACCUGGACAGGUUGAAGAACAUGGACAAAGCCAUUUACAAAGACAUCUGUAAAACAAUUCACUGCUCUAAGACGACUCUGUGGAACCGUAUGGUCUCAGGAGAUCCACAGAUUGAAGACGCCAUCGUGUCUUCAUUUAAAAACCAGCUGAAGAGACAGUCCCAGGAACCUGGUGCCAUCAAAAAGUUCUUUGCGGCAAUAGGCAAAAUUUUCAAAAACCCUACACCCAGCUCCACAGUACUGGUGUUUUAAAACUGAACAUCUACAUCAUCAUCGACGAAUCCAUCACAGAGCUCAAGCAGGAGGUUACCCACUUCCCCUCCCCUCCCCUUCCCCUUCCCCUCCACUGUUGCUGCUAGUCAGAGAGCAGUGGAGGGGUUGGCUACUUCCAUCUGGGGACACCUCCUCCUCCACUUGUUGCUGCUAGUCAGAGAGCAGUGGAGGAGGGGGUCACCUAAAUGUGGGGACACUUCCUGUUUCUGCCUGUUUGUGGGUUGAACUCUGCUGGAAUCCGCUGGACGGAGACCAGCGGAGCAGGAGGACGCCUACAAACAGGUCAGGACUGAGCUCGUAUCGUCAUCUGGAUGGACACCAGUACCACCUGACAUCUAGAGGGCCAGGGAUCGAUUGCCUGCAUCAUCUGUGCUGCUGCUGCUGCUGCUGCUGCUGCUGAGGACUUCUCUUCACCUGCUACCUGUUAGCAAAAUAAAAAGCUAAAAAAAAAUCUGUUGCAUUUCUCUUUAUGUCAACAAGUUACAUAAAACCUGUUAGUGAAAAAAGUGGUCAGAUUAGAGUAACGUUACCGGCAUCACUGAAGAGGACAUACAUAC